AUGCCCUCGAGGAACGCCCGUUUGCAGCAAUGGAUCAACUACAGAGUCCGAGUCUGUCUCCAGGACUCGCGCAUGCUGGUGGGGAGCCUGCUCGCUUUUGACCGCCACAUGAACAUUGUCUUGGCAGACGCCGAGGAAUUCCGCAAGUUAAAGAUCCGCCACAAGCUUGCAGAUGGAAAACACCAAACCGAGGAGAAAGAGGUCAAACGAUCAGUCGGUCUCAUGAUGAUUCGAGGCGAGAACAUUCUGACUUUGACCGCAGAGGCGCCGCCGCCCGCGAAGCCCAAGACGGUGUCGGGCCCCGUGGCCCCCGGAGCCAUUCCGGGGCGCGGAGUCCCCGUCGGGCGCGGGGUGUCUCUCGCGCCCGUGGCGCCCGUGGGCCUCGCCGGCCCCGUGCGGGGCGUCGGCGGUCCGGCGCCCCAGCUGGUCGCGGCGCCGCUCGGCCGCGGGGCAGUCCUCGGCGGUCCCAGCAUGCCCAUGAUGCGCCCGCCCAUGGGGAUGCCGCAGUAA